CUGGUGAGCGCGCGGGCGGGACCGCGGCCGGAGAAGAGGGGAGCGGAGGGGGGGGGGGCAGCGCUGGGCUCCCGGGGACCGGGCCUGGGUGCUGGGGGGGCCGCCCCGACACAGGCUCCCGGCGCCGGUUCCCCCGCAGUACUCCCGCAGCUCCAGGGCCCGGAAACCUGGCAGGCGUCCGGCACAUCCUCCUCGUGCUCUCGGGGAAGGGGGGCGUGGGGAAGAGCACCAUCUCCGCGGAGCUGGCCUUGGCCCUGCGCCAUGCCGGCAAGAAGGUGGGGAUCCUCGACGUGGACCUGUGCGGCCCCAGCAUCCCCCGCAUGCUGCGGGCACAGGGCAGGGCUGUGCACCAGUGUGACGGCGGCUGGGUACCGGUCUUUGUGGACCAGGAGCAGAGCAUCUCCCUCAUGUCCGUGGGCUUCCUGCUGGAGAACCCCGACGAGGCCGUGGUGUGGAGGGGCCCCAAGAAGAACGGUAACGCCGCAGUCCGCCUUCCCGCUUCUCCCAGCUGCCCCCGUGGCACCCACAAGUCAAUGCGGGAGUCCUGUGGGAGCUGCGCGCCGUCCGCCCCAGGGUUUUCGGCACUCAUAAAGCAGUUCGUGUCUGAUGUGGCCUGGGGGCAGCUGGACUACCUGGUCGUGGACACGCCGCCGGGAACCUCUGAUGAGCACAUGGCCACCGUGGACGCCCUGCGCCCCUACAGUCCCCUGGGGGCCCUCGUGGUCACUACGCCCCAGGCGGUGUCCGUGGGGGACGUGAGGCGGGAGCUGACCUUCUGUCGGAAGACAGGGCUGCAGGUGCUCGGGGUCGUGGAGAACAUGAGUGGCUUCGUCUGCCCACACUGCGCAGAGUGCACCAACGUCUUCUCCCGAGGAGGCGGGGAGGAGCUGGCCACGCUCGCCGGAGUCCCGUUCCUGGGCUCCGUGCCUCUGGACCCUGAGCUCUGCGGGAGUCUCGAGGAAGGGCGAGACUUCAUCAGGGACUUCCCUAAGAGUUCUGCCUUCCCCGCGCUCUUCUCCAUAGCCCAGAAGGUUCUGAGCCAGGCACCCGCUCGGCUCUCCUAACCAAGGCAGCCACACCGCUGUGUCUCCCCGCAUCUGGGGGCGGUGGGUGGUUCUACCUGGGGGGGUGGCCUGAGCCCUCAGAGAACAGCAUGCCCCAGGGCAUGGCCGGCUGCCUCCGGGGCCCCGUGGGUCACAGGGUCCAGGAGACCCUGGGCGUCUGUUGCCCACGAUGCUGGUGACUGAGCUGGGGCGCAGCCUGUGAGGUGUUGGGCCGGUUGGCCUCAGAGGAGCCCACAAUUAAACGUAUUCCACCGGCGUG